GAAAUACUCGUGUCUGGUAGCGUCUGCACAGGACAGGGUGGUUGACUGGCACAUCUAGAGGCUCCCUUGGCAGUCCACGCCAGGCCCUCACCAUGCCCACUGAUUCCGUUCCAGAAGACUUUGAGUAUGAUGAUUCUGCUGAAGCCUGUUAUAUUGGGAACGUCGUGGCCUUUGGGACUGUCUUCCUGUCCGUAUUCUAUUGCCUUGUCUUUGCCAUCGGCCUGGUGGGAAAUUUGUUGGUGGUGUUUGCCCUCACCAACAGCAAGAAGCCCAAGAGUGUCACCGACAUUUACCUCCUGAAUCUGGCCUUGUCUGAUCUGCUGUUUGUAGCCACCUUGCCCUUCUGGACUCACUAUGUGAUAAGUGAACAGGGCCUCCACAAUGCUUUGUGCAAACUCACUACUGCCUUCUUCUUCAUCGGCUUUUUUGGAAGCAUAUUCUUCAUCACAGUCAUCAGCAUUGAUAGAUACCUGGCCAUCGUCCUGGCAGCUAACUCCAUGAACAACCGGACCGUGCAGCAGGGUGUCACCAUCAGCCUAGGCGUCUGGGCAGCAGCCAUCUUGGUGGCAGCCCCUCAAUUCAUGUUCACAAAGGAGAAAGAAAACGAAUGCCUUGGUGACUACCCCGAGGUCCUCCAGGAAAUCUGGCCUGUGCUCCGCAACGUGGAAGCGAAUCUUCUCGGCUUCCUGCUCCCCCUGCUCAUUAUGAGUUACUGCUACUUCAGAAUCAUCCAGACACUCUUUUCCUGCAAGAACCAAAAGAAAGCCAAAGCCAUCAAACUGAUCCUUCUGGUGGUCAUCGUGUUUUUCCUCUUCUGGACACCCUACAACGUGAUGGUUUUCCUGGAGACGCUUAAGCUCUACGACUUCUUUCCCAGUUGUGAGCUGAGGAAGGAGCUGAAGCUGGCCCUCAGUGUGUCCGAGACGGUUGCGUUUAGCCAUUGUUGCCUGAAUCCUCUCAUCUAUGCGUUUGCUGGGGAGAAGUUCAGAAGAUACCUCUACCACCUGUAUGGGAAAUGCCUGGCCGUCCUGUGUGGACGCUCAGUCCACGUUGGUUUGUCCCCAGCUAGAUCACAAAGGAGCAGGCAGGGGAGUGUUCUGAGCAGCAGUUUUACCUACCACACCAGUGACGGAGGUGUGUCCCUCCUCUGACGGGACUCACAAAGCCUUGUGUCUACAGAGAACCUCGAGUUCCUAAAUCUGAUGCUGGAUAAUGAAGAAAGAUAUUUGUUGUUGUUUCUUACAAGCACAAAAUGAUGGCCCCAAUGCACACAAAACAACCCUAGAGUGUUUUUGAGAAUCAUGCUCAAAAUGUGAAUGUCUCUUACUGCAAAUGUCAGGACUUUUUUAUUUACAAAUGAGAAAAAUUCAACUCAGACUAGUUUAGUUAAAAGGGGGUGAUGAAUAUUGUUCAUAUUGUGGCAUAGGCAAAAGGGUGUCUGAGCUCUCAAAGUGAGGGGAAACCAGGGCCUGAACCCUUCCCUCAUUUGAAUCUUUUAGUCAUUAUAGAUUCCCCAGACUUACAUGACACAAUUUUAUCACCAGAGAGGGACGGACACCCAUGCUUCUCUGGCUACAAAGGCAAAAUUCCCAGGGAAGUGCUCUGAUAGGCCAAGUUUGUAUCAAGUGCUCAUCCUGGAAGGUGCUGUUCUCCAUGGGGAAGGGAUAUAUAAGAGGGAAGCUUCCAGUUCAAUCUCAUGAAUAGAGAAGCAGAAAGACAUAUUUCCAAGAAGUUGGGUGGGUGGAUGCUAUUCUGAUUACACAGAACAAAUGCCACACAUCACCCUUACCAUGUGCCUGGCCCAGUCUCUCCCCUGAUCACACCAGCCUCCUCUUCAUCAAGCCCUCCUCCAUCAUGUCCCCAACGUACAAGGGCUCCCCGCUGCCUACUGCAUCAAGUCCAAACUCAAAUGCUUGGCCUCUCAUACCCCCACCAUGGGUUCCCACCAACAGAUUCCCCAUUGCCUCCUCCUUCCCAAAGGACUCCACCCAUCCUAUCAGCCCGUCUCUUCCAUACGACCUCAUUCAUCUCCAUCUGCUCCCAGGACAGUAGGGGAAAUAGAAAGAACUCUGACCCCAGAUAAGAAGGGAUGGAUUCCAACCCCAACUCUGUCAGUGGCCCCCUGGGCAGCUUGAGGCCAAUCAAGCUUCAGUUUCCUUGUCUGUAGAGGAAGGAUAAGGUACCUUUUGCAUAGAGAUCACCCUUUCCAGCAUGAGGAACUAGCUACCAACUCUCACAGGUCCAACGCUUUUGUCUGCUUCUUAGACCUCUGCUAUCCCCACACCUGGCGCUGCUGCACCAUGCCCAAGUGGUAAUGCUGACGAAACUUGGAGGAGCGUCAGGUGCGGCUGCCUGACGUAGCCCAGACACAGAAGAGGUCAGUUCUUACAAUGGCACCCAGUGAGCACUCCCAAGCCUACCAAGUGAUAGCCUUCCUUAAGCGACUCUCCUGGACUGUCUUGAAUAUUCUCUCCCAAUCACCUGUGGCAGACCCCUGCCCCUCUGGAAAAAUAUCCUGUCAUUCAUGCCACUGCCAACCUGGGGAGCCAGGGCCACGGGAACAGCUUUUUUUUUUUCUUCCUAGAAAGGUUUGGGACAAUCUAAAACUUUAAAGUUUGAAAAACUACUGUGAUCAUGCUAAAGAAAAUGUCAUCUUGUCCUUCCUGCAUUUAUUCAUCCAGACCCUGUUCACACUCUUACAUGUUUAGAGUUGCAAUCAUAAUGUACAGAUGGUUUUAUAAUCUCAUUUUUUUCCUCUUAACAUUAGACCACAAAUAGUGCUCAGUUUCUGUGUAGUUUGGUAAUUAUUUUAGAAGACUCUACCGGACUGUGCACUCACUGAAGGCAGAUGUGGUAUCUGAUAAAUUGCUGUACAUCCGAUAGCUCUUUGGCAGUCUAUAUGUUUGUAUAAUGAAUGAGAGAACAAGUCAUGUUUCUUCAAGGUCAUGUACCACAAUUUACUUACCCUGACUCUGCUGAUAAACAUUUAACUUUUUUCCAAUGUUUAGCAAAUACAUAUUUUAUAGAAGUUCCA